AUGCCUGUUUCAAACAACAGCCCCAAAACUUUGUAUGACAAAGUGUUCCAGGACCACAUCGUCCACAAAGACGAAUCUGGCUCCUACCUCAUUUACAUUGACCGUCACCUUGUGCACGAAGUCACAUCUCCACAGGCAUUUGAAGGCUUAAAGAAUGCUGGCAGAAAAGUCAGAAGAUCCGACUGUACUUUGGCCACCGUCGACCAUAACAUCCCUACGGACUCUCGUAUUAAUUUCAAAUCUAUCGAGACAUUUGUGGAGCAGGAAGACUCCAAGUUGCAGGUGAUGACCUUGGAACAGAACGUCAAGGAUUUUGGCGUCACCUACUUUGGCAUGACCGACGACCGUCAGGGUAUUGUGCAUGUCAUUGGUCCCGAACAGGGUUUCACGCUUCCGGGAACCACCGUGGUGUGUGGUGACUCGCACACCUCCACCCACGGAGCCUUCGGAGCUUUGGCUUUCGGUAUUGGAACCUCGGAGGUCGAGCACGUCUUGGCCACUCAGACUAUCAUCCAGGCCAAGUCUAAGAACAUGAGAAUCAGUGUCAACGGUGACUUGUCUCCAGGCAUUACCUCCAAGGACUUGGUCUUACAUGUUAUUGGAGUCAUUGGUACUGCUGGAGGUACCGGAUGUGUCAUCGAGUUUGCUGGAACUGCCAUUGAGGCAUUGUCCAUGGAGGCUAGAAUGUCCAUCUGUAACAUGGCUAUCGAGGCCGGUGCCCGUGCUGGUAUGAUCCGUCCUGACGAAAUCACCUUCAACUACUUGAAGGGCAGACCUUUGGCACCAUCUGGUGCCGAAUGGGAUAAGGCCGUCAAGUACUGGUCCACUCUUCACUCGGAUGAGGGUGCCUACUUCGAUUACGACAUCAAUAUCAAUGCCGCAGACAUUGUGCCCACCAUUACUUGGGGUAACUCUCCACAGGAUGCCUUGCCAAUCACAGCCCGUGUUCCAGACCCAUCCACGGUGUCUGACCCCAUCAAGAAGGCUGGAAUGGAGCGUGCUCUCCACUACCAGGGCUUGGUGCCAAACACACCUCUUCAGGAGAUUCCUAUCGACAAGGCAUUCAUUGGUUCAUGUACCAACUCUCGUAUCGAAGACUUGAGAGCUGCAGCUAAGGUUGCCAAGGGCCACAAGAAGGCCGACAAUGUUAAGUUGGUAUUGGUUGUUCCUGGUUCCGGUUUGGUCAAGACUCAGGCCGAGAAGGAGGGAUUGGACAAGAUUUUCGAAGCUGCCGGUUUCUCAUGGAGAGAAGCUGGAUGUUCUAUGUGCUUGGGUAUGAACCCAGAUAUCUUGGACCCUGAAGAGAGAUGUGCCUCUACUUCUAACAGAAACUUUGAGGGACGUCAAGGUGCCAGAUCUAGAACCCACUUGAUGUCUCCAGCUAUGGCUGCCGCCGCAGCCAUCAAGGGUCACUUUACUGACAUCAGAGAGUGGCAGUACGACACCUCGGACGAGCCAGCUGUCCACAUCGACUCCAACGAGGAUCAGGAGUUACAGGAAGCUGUUUAUGAGCACGAGAAGCAGCCAUUGGAGUCAUCCGAGUCGUUGGCUGACGACCGUCUUAAAGACAUCCCUCACGAGGAGAAGACUGCCCCAGUCGCUGCUGCUGGUGGUAUGGACAAAUUUGGUGUUUUGACCGGUAUUACCGCUCCUUUGGACAAGGCCAACGUCGACACCGAUGCCAUCAUUCCUAAGCAGUUCUUGAAGACCAUCAAGAGAACUGGAUUGAAGAAGGGAUUGUUCUACGAGUUGAGAUUCGAGAAGGACGCUCAGGGAAAGGACGUUGAGACAGACUUUGCAUUGAACGUGGAGCCAUACAGAAAAGCCGAGAUUUUGCUUGUCACUGGUGACAACUUUGGCUGUGGUUCUUCUCGUGAGCACGCUCCUUGGGCCUUGAAGGACUUUGGUAUCAAGUGUAUGAUUGCCCCAUCUUUUGGAGACAUUUUCUACAACAACUCGUUCAAGAAUGGUUUGCUUCCUAUCAGAAUCUCCCAAGAUGUGAUUUUGGACAAGUUGUACCCAUUGGCUGUUGCUGGCAAGAAGCUUACUAUUGAUUUGCCUAACCAGCAGAUUAAGAACGGCGAGACUGGUGAAGUUUUGGUGGAGCACUUUGAUGUCGAGGAGUUCAGAAAGCAUUGCUUGAUCAACGGUUUGGAUGACAUUGGAUUGACUUUGCAGAAAGAGGAGUACAUCAAGAAGUUUGAGGAGAGAAGAAGAGACGUUUUCUCGUUCUUGGAGGGAGGUUCGAGUUUGGUCAAGCCUAUUAAGGGAACCAAGAAGUCCAAGUAUGGCAACCGUGCCCAGGAGUGGUAA